CGGAGUCUCGCUCUGCCUAGGCUAGAGUGCCGUUGCGGGAUCUGCAAUCUCCGCCUCCCGUUUUCAAUCUAUUCUCCUACCUCAGCCUCCCGAGUAGCUGGGAUUACAGGUGUGUGCCACCACGCCCAGAUAAUUUUUGUAUUUUUAGUAGAGAUGGGGUUUCACCAUGUUGGCCAGGCUGGUCUCAACUGCUGACCUCGUGAUCCUCCCGCCUCAGCCCUCCGAAGUGCUGGGAUUACAGGCGUGAGCCUCCAUGCCUGGCCAGAAGUUUUGUAGAUUUAGCCGUGGCAUGAUCAAGGAGUUCCUGUCCGACAGUUUCUAUUUUCUCAACGAGUUUUCUGAAAAAAAGGGGAGAGGCUGUUUCCCAGGGAGUGCACAAUUCUGAAGGCUAACCAGGGACGCCUGGUUUUGGGCAACUACAAAUGGUUGUGUUCAAACUAAGCGUGUGUCGGACACGGGUUGGAGUGUCAAGAGGGAAGGCAGGAGCGUUUAGUCUGCUUCAGAUAUGAAGACUCCCUGUAUCCCCACUCCUAAACAAGGGAGCAAAGGCAGGGGCCAGAGUCCUGCUGCUCAGGUGAGGCGCCCCACGUGGAACGCGCCGGCGCGGGAGAGGCGGCCUGGCGCAGGUCAUUUGGGACCUCUGCGGGUUGGCGCAUGCGCGCCAGGCGCGCAGACUCGCGCUUCUUUCCCUUUUUUAAGUUUUCUGUGUUACCCCCGGUUCCGCUGUCUGUUCUGUCUACAGUUUGAGAUCCCCGCGUCCAGGAUGGAGCAGCUGAACGAACUGGAGCUGCUGAUGGAGAAGAGUUUUUGGGAGGAGGCGGAGCUGCCGGCGGAGCUAUUUCAGAAGAAAGUGGUAGCUUCGUUUCCAAGAACAGUUCUGAGCCGAGGAAUGGAUAACCGGUACCUGGUGUUGGCAGUCAAUACUGUACAGAACAAAGAGGGAAACUGUGAAAAGCGCCUGGUCAUCACUGCUUCACAGUCACUAGAAAAUAAAGAACUAUGCAUCCUUAGGAAUGACUGGUGUUCUGUUCCAGUAGAGCCAGGAGAUAUCAUUCAUUUGGAGGGAGACUACACAUCUCAUACUUGGAUAAUAGAUAAAGAUUUUGGAUAUUUGAUUCUGUAUCCAGACAUGCUGAUUUCUGGCACAAGCAUAGCCAGUAGUAUUCGAUGUAUGAGAAGAGCUGUCCUGAGUGAAACUUUUAGGAGCUCUGAUCCAGCCACACGCCAAAUGCUAAUUGGUACGGUUCUCCACGAGGUGUUUCAAAAAGCAAUAAAUAAUAGCUUUGCCCCAGAAAAGCUACAAGAACUUGCUUUUCAAACAAUUCAAGAAAUAAGACAUUUGAAGGAAAUGUACCACUUAAAUCUAAGUCAAGAUGAAAUAAAACAAGAAGUAGAGGACUAUCUUCCCUCAUUUUGUAAAUGGGCAGGAGAUUUCAUGCAUAAAAACACUUCGACUGACUUCCCUCAGAUGCAGCUCUCUCUGCCAAGUGAUAAUAGUAGGGAUAAUUCAACAUGUAACAUUGAAGUCGUGAAACCAAUAGAUAUUGAAGAAAGCAUUUGGUCCCCUAGGUUUGGAUUGAAAGGCAAAAUAGAUGUUACAGUUGGUGUGAAAAUACAUCGAGGGUAUAAAACGAAAUACAAGAUAAUGCCACUGGAACUUAAAACUGGCAAAGAAUCAAAUUCUAUUGAACACCGUAGUCAGGUUGUUCUGUACACUCUACUAAGCCAAGAGAGAAGAGCUGAUCCAGAGGCUGGCUUGCUUCUCUACCUCAAGACUGGUCAGAUGUACCCUGUGCCUGCCAACCAUCUAGAUAAAAGAGAAUUAUUAAAGCUAAGAAACCAGAUGGCAUUCUCAUUGUUUCACCGUAUUAGCAAAUCUGCUACUAGACAGAAGACACAGCUUGCUUCUUUGCCACAAAUAAUUGAGGAAGAGAAAACUUGUAAAUAUUGUUCACAAAUUGGCAAUUGCGCUCUUUAUAGCAGAGCAGUUGAACAACAGAUGGAUGGUAGUUCAGUCCCAAUUGUGAUGCUGCCCAAAAUAGAAGAAGAAACCCAGCAUCUGAAGCAAACACACUUAGAAUAUUUCAGCCUUUGGUGUCUAAUGUUAACCCUGGAGUCACAAUCGAAGGAUAAUAAAAAGAAUCACCAAAAUAUCUGGCUCAUGCCUGCUUCGGAAAUACGGAGUUUCACUCUUGUUGCCCAGGCUGGAGUGCAAUGGCGUGAUCUCGGCUCACUGCAACCUCUGCCUCCCAGGUUCAAGCAAUUCUCCUGCCUCUGCCUCCCGAGUAGCUGGGAUGACAGGGAGAAGAGUGGCAGUUGCAUUGGAAACCUGAUUAGAACGGAACAUGUAAAGAUAGUUUGUGAUGGGCAAUAUUUACAUAAUUUCCAUUGUAAACAUGGUGCCAUACCUGUCACAAAUCUAAUGGCAGGUGACAGAGUUAUUGUAAGUGGAGAAGAAAGGUCACUGUUUGCUUUGUCUAGAGGAUAUGUGAAGGAGAUUAACAUGACCACAGUAACUUGUUUAUUAGACAGAAACUUGUCGGUCCUUCCAGAAUCGACUUUGUUCAGAUUAGACCAAGAAGAAAAGAAUUGUGAUAUAGAUACCCCAUUAGGAAAUCUUUCUAAAUUGAUGGAAAACACGUUUGUCAGCAAAAAACUUCGAGAUUUAAUUAUUGACUUUCGUGAACCUCAGUUUAUAUCCUACCUUAGUUCUGUUCUUCCACAUGAUGCAAAGGAUACAGUUGCCUGCAUUCUAAAGGGUUUGAAUAAGCCUCAGAGGCAAGCGAUGAAAAAGGUGCUUCUUUCAAAAGACUACACACUCAUCGUGGGUAUGCCUGGGACAGGAAAAACAACUACGAUAUGUACUCUCGUAAGAAUUCUCUACGCCUGUGGUUUUAGCGUUUUGUUGACCAGCUAUACACACUCUGCUGUUGACAAUAUUCUUUUGAAGUUAGCCAAGUUUAAAAUAGGAUUUUUGCGUUUGGGUCAGACUCAGAAGGUUCAUCCAGCUAUCCAGCAAUUUACAGAGCAAGAAAUUUGCAGAUCAAAGUCCAUUAAAUCCUUAGCUCUUCUAGAAGAACUCUACAAUAGUCAACUUAUAGUUGCAACAACAUGUAUGGGAAUAAACCAUCCAAUAUUUUCCCGUAAAAUUUUUGAUUUUUGUAUUGUGGAUGAAGCCUCUCAAAUUAGCCAACCAAUUUGUCUGGGCCCCCUUUUUUUUUCACGGAGAUUUGUGUUAGUGGGGGACCAUCAGCAGCUUCCUCCCCUGGUGCUAAACCAUGAAGCAAGAGCUCUUGGCAUGAGUGAAAGCUUAUUCAAGAGGCUGGAGCAGAAUAAGAAUGCUGUUGUACAGUUAACCGUGCAGUACAGAAUGAACAGUAAAAUUAUGUCCUUAAGUAAUAAGCUGACCUAUGAGGGCAAGCUGGAGUGUGGAUCAGACAAAGUGGCCAAUGCAGUGAUAAACCUACCUCACUUUAAAGAUGUGAAGCUGGAACUGGAGUUUUAUGCUGACUAUUCUGAUAAUCCUUGGCUGAUGGGAGUAUUUGAACCCAACAAUCCUGUUUGUUUUCUUAAUACAGACAAGGUUCCAGCGCCAGAACAAGUUGAAAAAGGUGGUGUGAACAAUGUAACAGAAGCCAAACUCAUAGUUUUCCUAACCUCCGUUUUUGUUAAGGCUGGAUGCAGUCCCUCUGAUAUUGGUAUUAUUGCACCAUACAGGCAGCAAUUAAAGAUCAUCAAUGAUUUAUUGGCACGUUCUUCCAUUGGGAUGGUCGAAGUUAAUACAGUAGACAAAUACCAAGGAAGGGACAAAAGUAUUGUCCUGGUAUCUUUUGUUAGAAGUAAUAAGGAUGGAACUGUUGGUGAACUCUUGAAAGAUUGGCGACGUCUUAAUGUUGCUAUAACCAGAGCCAAACAUAAACUGAUUCUUCUGGGGUGUGUGCCCUCACUAAACUGCUAUCCUCCUUUGGAGAAGCUGCUUAAUCAUUUAAACUCAGAAAAAUUAAUAUCCUUUUUCUUCUGUAUAUGGUCACAUUUGAUUGCACUGUUGUAUUUAUUUACUUGUUUAAAUUAAAGCUCUCACUAUGUUGCAUAAGCUGGUCUUGAACUCCUGGGCUCAAGCGAUCCUCCCACCUAGGCCUCCCAAAGUGCUGUGAUUACAGACGUGAGCCAUGGCCCCCAGCCUAUAACCUUUUUUUAAUCCAGAACUAAUGAUUAGAUUAAAAUGGAGUAUUAUUUAUUUUAAAUACAGGACCUUGCUUUGUCACCCAGGCUGCAGUGCAGUGAUAUGAUCAGAGCUCACUGCACCCUCAAUCUCCCAGGCUAAAGUGAUCUUCCUACCUCAGCCUCCCCAGUAGCUGGGCCCACAGGUGCAUGCCGCCAUGCCCAGCUAAUUUUUGUAUUUUUUUGUAAAGACAGAGUUUCACCAUGUUGCCCAGGCUGGUUUUGAACAUCUGGGCUCAAGUGAUUCACUCACCUCCUCCCAAAGUGCUGGGACUACAGGUGUCAGCCACCACACUCAGCCUUUUUUUUCCCAAGAAGUGGUGCCUAACUUCACUCAGGCUGGAGUGUAGUGGCGGGAUCACUGCUCACUGCAGCCUUGACCUCCUGGACUCAGAUAGUCCUCCCACCUUACCUUUCUGAGUAUCUGGGACCACAGGUACGUACCACCACGCCUGGCUAAUUUUUUAAAAUUUUUAAUAGGAGGUGAGCCAGUGCACCUGGCCUUAAGAUAAAUCGUUUUUUAAAAAUGUAUAUGGGCUUGGCCUGGUGGCUCACGCCUGUAAUCCUAGCACUUUGGGAGGCCGAAGCAGGUGGAUCUCGAGGUUGAGAUUGAGACCAUCCUGGCUAACAUGGCGAAACCCCGUCUCUACUAACAAUACAAAAAUUAGCUGGGCAUGGUGACUGACGUGUGCCUGUACGUCCCAGCUACUCAGGAUGCUGAGGCAGGAGAAUCGCUUGCACCCGGGAGGCGGAGGUUGCAGUGAGCCGAGAUCUAGCCUGGUGGCAGAGCGAGACUCCAUCUCAAAAAACAAAACAAAACAAAACAAAAAAACAGUGUAUGGAGUUCUUAGGCUUCAUAAGAACUUCAUACUUCUUAUGAAGGUAUGAAGUAGGCUAAGAUAUAUAACUCUGAGGCUGGGCGUGGUGGCUCACGCUUGUAAUCCCAGUACUUUGGGAGGCUGAGACAGGCGGAUUACCUGAGAUUGGGAGUUCGAGACCAGCCUGACCAACAUGGAGAAACCCUGUCUCUACUAAAAAUACAAAAUUAGCCGGGCAUGGUGGUGCAUGCCUGUAAUCCCAGCUACUCGGGAGGCUGAGGCAGGAGAAUUGCUUGAACCCAGGAGGCAGAGGUUGCGAUGAGCCGAGAUCACACCAUUGCACUCCAGCCUGGGCAACAAGAGCGAAACUCCAUCUCAAAAAAAAAAAAAACAAAAAAAAAAAACAGAUAAAUAACUCUCAUUGCUUAGGGGCAUAAUUAUUCAUUGAAUGCCAUAAAGAUCCUUAUUUUUUUUUUUGUGGUUCUGUAGGUCAAGUUACAAAAUGUUAAAUAAUAACGUCAUAAAUUUAUGCCAC